AACUUCAGCAACAUAACCGGAUCAGAAUAUCAGAGUAGAGAGUCACGGACCCAGAAAGUGGCAGUGAAAGUGAGAGCUAGCUAAUGGAGGACGAGACGACCGAGAGUCGAAACCAAGCCAGGCUGGCUAUAAUGGAGCUCUCCAACAUGAUCAGCGUGCCCAUGUCCCUCAACGCCAUCGUCCGCCUCAACGUCCCCGAUGCCAUCUGGCAAGGCGGCUCCAACUCUCCGAUCUCCUCUUCUCAGAUCCUCGCCCGUGUCCUCCCCUCCCAGAACUCUGCUGAUCCAGAGAACCUCCAGCGCAUCCUCCGCAUGCUCACCAGCUACGGCGUCUUCACGGAGCACCAUAGCCCCAAUGACUCCAACUCCGAGAGAAAGUACUCCCUCACCGAGAUCGGAAAGACGCUCGUCACGGACGGCGAGGGUCUAUCGUACGCGCCCUACGUGCUCCAGCACCACCAGGAUGCGCUCUUGGGAGCGUGGCCCUUGGUCCAUGAGGCCGUGGUGGACCCCGCGUCGGAGCCGUUCGUGAAGGCCAACGGAGUCUCGGCGUACGCUUACUACGGGAAGAAGCCGGAGAUGAACGGGCUGAUGCAGAAGGCGAUGUCGGGAGUAUCGGUGCCGUUCAUGAAGGCGGUGUUGGAGGGAUACGAUGGGUUUGAAGGUGUGGAGAGACUGGUGGACGUUGGGGGAAGUGCAGGGGAUUGCCUGAGGAUGAUCCUCGGGAAGCAUCCUAACGUUCGGGAAGGGAUCAACUUUGACUUACCGGAGGUGGUGGCCAAAGCACCGAUCAUUCCUGGAGUGACUCACAUUGGUGGCAACAUGUUCCACUCUAUUCCUUCUGCUGAUGCCAUCUUCAUGAAGUGGAUUCUGACGACAUGGACGGAUGGUGAAGUAAAGUUGAUCAUGGAGAAUUGUUACAAUGCACUUCCAGCAGGAGGGAAAUUGAUCGUCUGUGAACCUGUGCUGCCGGAGCAGUCAGAUGACAGUCGUAGGACUCGCGCCCUUUUAGAAGGAGAUAUCUUUGUCAUGACAAUCUACAGGACCAAGGGUAAGCAUAGGACUGAAGAAGAAUACCGGCAGCUUGGUCGUUUGGCUGGUUUCCCCCACUUCAGGGCACUCUAUAUUGAUUAUAUUUUCACUGUUUUGGAAUUCCGAAAGUGAAUUCAUUGCAUUGGGACAGAUGCAAUAUGGGUUGCGAGGCAUAUCCAGUUAAUUGGCCUGGCUUUGCUUUGGGUACCCAUCAACGAGAUAUAUACCCUCUAUCUAUAUCAUGCAUGUCGUUUACCAAUUAGGUGUCUUCAUACUCGAAAUAAUUUUAUUGGAUAUUUUGAUUUCUAUGAAAUAGAAAUCCUUUUUAUAGUA